AUGAUGAAUCUGUACUUGAACCCACAAAAUAUCAGUCCGGUGCUCCUCAAUGCCCAGGGUAUCCUGCAGCGGUAUCCUCGAGCCAUUGCCUUCACCACCGCAGUCGCACUGUCGACCCCAUGGAUGAUAGACAACUACGCCAAGUAUAUGAGCCUUGGAGAGGGCGGUUUCCCGUACAACCCUAUCGGAUGGCUCAUGGCUCUCGCUAUCUGGCCGUUUGGUCGCGAGACCGUGUCGACGAAAGAGUACCAGCAAGACCCGAAUAAAGAGGCUUGGCUUGUUGAUAUUCCUCAGCGACAGGGCGAGAGGCCGGCUACUGGAUGGCAUUCCGUUCCCCACAGACAGCUUGUACAGUUGCCUGACGCUGAUAUGAGAGAAAAACUGGACAAGCUCUUCGCCAAACUCAGUAAAGACAAUUCGUCGUUGGUAGAGCUCCUGACGUCGCCGCACGAGCGCCAUGUCCAAGGAAUGCACAUCCGUUCUUCCAUCCCAGCUCCCCAUGAAACUGCCGAGCAGGCCUCGCUCGAGAUCGGCCAUAUUCAUCCACCAGACCAUUCUAUGCAUUUUGUUCUGUCGCCCCAAGAUUGCAAGCUUGUUAUCGAGAAAGGUUGGGGAGAGCGUCACCCAUUGAGCGGAGUCAACAAGUACGUUCCCUUGCCAAAGGAAUAUCUAAUGAUCUACGGACCUCGCAACGACGAAGAGCUAGCCAUCAUUGAGCAUAUCCUCAAAGCCAGCAUAGGCUUCAUGACAAACAGUCGCAGUAUCGUUUGA